AUGACUACGCAAACUCCACCUGAAAAUGUUAAAGCCCGCCUCAAGGCGUCCUACGAUGCCAUGGCGCCAGUCUACAACUCCUGGACCGAGCGGCACAACCACAUGCGGAUGACCUACUUGGAUGAGCUCUUCGGCCGGAUCCCAAAACUGGGCAACGCCGUCGACGAGAAAUCGUCGGUGCUUGAGCUCGGUUGCGGAUCCGGGGCUCCGUUUCUCACCACGCUGCUUGAACGAGGGGGGCCCGGGAUAUCGGUGGUCGCGAAUGACAUGUCGGACACGCAGAUCGGGUUGGCGCGGGAGAACCUUGCUGCGUACGGCGAUCGGGUGCAAUUCGAGCCUGGUGAUAUGACCAAGUUGACGUUUGCGCCCAAGUCAUUGACGGCGGUGGUGGCUCUCUACAGCCUGAUUCACCUGCCGCAGGGGGAGCAAGAGGAGAUGCUGGAUAAGAUUGCGGAAUGGCUGGAGCCAGGUGGCAUAUUGAUUGCGAAUUUCUCAUUUGAUGAGAUGUCCAGCGGUGUCAUGGAGUCGUGGCUGCAUGAGAAGGGUUGGAUGUUCUGGAGUGGGCUGGGGAUGGAGAAGACGGCCGCGAAACUGAAGCAGGUCGGAUUUACAAUUGAGAAGAGCGAGGUUGAAGGUGAUACUCAGGAGAAACACCUCUGGAUUGUUGCAAAGCAUUGA